ACCGACCAAACGUUAGUACGUAAUCUAUUUGAUCUCUGAAAACAUUAAUGUAAAUAGGACCAAAGGACAAAAAAAAAUAUGAGGAAGUGAAAAUAGAGUCCACAUUAUUGUGUUGAACACAGUCUGUAUUUUGGAACGAGUCAGUGAAUGAAUAAAUGUCGAUGGAAUGAAAUCAAUUACAGCUGCGUCAGCGAAUAGCCAACAGUUAGAAUUCCGAUACGAUGUACAAAUUCCGGUUCCGUGGGGACAUAUGUCAGCAAAAGUAUGGGGACCUGACCAUGGAAUACCUGUUCUAGCGAUUCAUGGACUGAUGGACAAUGCAGGAUCAUUUGACACAUUAGCUCCUCUUCUACCAACAAACAUUCACCUUGUUUGCCUUGAACUUUGUGGCCAUGGAUACUCAUCUACAUAUCCCCCUGGAGUUGUUCUUCAUUAUUUUGACCAUGCCUAUCAUGUAAAGCUUGUAGUUGAUUACUUUAAAUGGGAUAAAGUGGUCUUACUUGGUCAUAGCAUUGGAGCCAUCACACUUUUUCUGUUCGCAUCUUUAUUUCCUGAAAAUGUCAGUAGGAUGAUCAGCUUGGAUUUGGUCAAACCAUUCUCAGUGUCUGUGAGCAAACUUCCUGUUGUUAUGAGAGGCAUCAUAACACAAAUGCGAGAAUUUUCAGAAAUUGGACGGCCACUGACAGUCCGAUAUGAAGAGGCACGUCAAAGCAUCGUCGAUAAUUACAAGGGGUCAGUUGACGAGAAGGCUGCCGACAUUCUUUUAGUUCGUAGCUUGAAAAAGAAAGCCGACGCUGAAGAUGCUUACGAAUUGCCAAACGAUUUACGCAUACUAGUCCGAACACUCACCCUCUCCGAGGAACAAAUCAAAGUGUUGGUUACUAACAUCCGUUGCCCUUUACUCAUCAUUCGAGCUUCUAACGGCCUGAAGAAUUUUACCGAAGACGUCUUAAAAGAAUAUCUCGAUAUUUAUCAAGCAUCCAGCGCUGAUUUCCGAAUUGUCAACGUAGCCGGAAGUCAUCAUGUUCACCUUACCCAUCCUGAGCGAGUCGCUCCGCAUAUCCAUGAAUUUCUACUACCUCUUGCAAGUUUUCCUACUAGCAAACUCUGAAAACGGGACACAGAUAUCUUAGAUAUCUCAGUGUAUUUUAUAACAAUAGAAUAUUUUUUGAAAUGGUAUAAUACGAUUGAAAAUUUGUUGGAAAAUGUGGGACUAGCGGAUAAGGUUGGCUGAAUCCAAUUGACUACGUGCGGUUUGGAACCCCGCCUUGUGCGAGUUUGAAUGAGGGGCGGUUUCGUUCCAUUGCCAUAAACACAAAAGCUCAUCGACUCCCAUAGUUACCAGUUGACUACUGUUGACGGAUGCGGCCAUGCUGACAAUACCUUCUUCAUGCUCUAAAAUGCAAAAAAGCCAAAUGAAAAUCGAAGCUGAUGGUAAACGUAUCGAAGUAGAUCAAAUUUCCCUACGGCCUAGUUCUAGUAUAGGAUUUAGUUUAUCAGAAUUGAGUUUCCAGAGCUGAACUGAGCUUUCUUUUCCGUGCAUCUGUUUUUAAAAAGAAAAAGAUUAUCCAGUUUUAGUUAAACUUAAUUUCUCGCGUAUUACCGCAUGGCUGUCCGUCCCUUCUUCGAGACUCGAAUGAUGUGACGAAGCAACCUGUUUCAGCUGGGCGUUGAAUUGGAUACCCGUAAUUUCCGAACCACAUUCAAAGUCACCCACUAGCAUUCCUGUGGCCGUGUCUUUCACAGUUCAAAUUGAUAAUUCUUCAUCUAUCUCGGUUAUAGUUUAAAACUGUUAUUGUGUAUCUUACUUUGAAUACAGAUGCUUGGCCUAGGAAAA